CGCGAUCUGCCUCUGCCGAUGUCGAUGCCGAUGACCCCCUCAACUGGCUGCAAUGGUUUUCAUUCACAGAUUAACCUAGCCCCUUCUCCUCUCCUCUCUCCCAACGUUGAUAGCGACGAUCUCUUCACCUCAUCAUCUCUCUCAAUCCAGACGCCAAUCUCCUCAUCUCUCUCAAACCAAGCGUGCCUCUCUCAACCCUGAUUGACGCCAACGACCCCCCUUAUCUCUGUCUCAUUCUACACAAAAGGUGCUUGCUCUUGACCCAGGCACGCUCUCGUAACCCCGACGUCGACCCCCCAACAGGCUGCAACUCGAUGCACUUCUCCUUCCUAAUACAAGGUACAUAUGUUUGUCACUGUUGAAUGAGAAAUUGGCUCCAUGGGUGAUCAUUUUGUUGAAAGUUCAGAAGGUGGGGAUGAAAGCAGAAACGAUAAAAUGGCACAACUUGAUGAACUAGUUCGAGAACCGCAGAUUGGCAUGGUCUUUAGCACUAUAGAUGAGAUGCUGAAUUUUUACAGAAAAUUUGGGAAGCAAAAGGGUUUUUCGGUGAAGCGGAGAUCAUUGAAUAAAGAUAAAAAUGUCAUGACUUGGAUUGAAGGAGCAAACAGGAAUAUGUCAUUGCAAGUAUCUCCUCAUUUUGUAACUAAAAAUGUACCAUUCACCAAUGAUCCCAUCAUCAAAAGAGAAAAAGGACGUCCCCCUUGUACAAGGAAGAAACCGAUAAUGAGAAGGAGAGGAAAAAGGAUAGCAAAUCAGGAUGUCAACAACUUGAUGGAUGUUAAUACUCAAUCUUCACAAAGACAAACAACAGACAUUCUAACAGAGGUAAGGGGAACACAAGGGAGUCACGUAGGUUAUUCUAAUCAAGGACGAGAUGGUGGUUUUCUAUCUUUACUUAGAAAUGCAUCAGAGGUUGGUGAAACUUUAGGAAGUGGAGGGUAUCAGUCACUUGUGGAUGGAAUUGAUGAAGAUAUGUAGCUUGUUUAUCAACUACCUUUGUAUUUUUUGAGCAGUAACUUGUUUAUCAGUUACCUUGAUGAAGACAUGUAGCUUUUUUGAGUAGCUUGUUUAUCAGCUACCUUGAUGAAGACAUGUAGCUUUUUUGAGUUGUAUUUUUUUAGUUCAGUGGGGGUUUAUAUUGAAUAUGAUUGAAUUUGCAAAGUGACUUGCUAAGUUGAUGUGUAGCAAAUGCCUAUUCCAGGAAGGAUUGGAAUGAAUUGGAAAAGAUUUUGUUUAUU